GCGAGCCGCGCUCCCCGGACGCGGCUGGUUCCCGAACCCGCUCCCGUUGCCGCUCCCGCCGCGCCUCGGGAACGGCCAGGCGUGCGGGGCGGAGGAUGCGGACGGGCCGAGCCGCUGCCGCAGCGACGCGCCGUCCCCGGGGGGCGGGUGCCGGCCGGUCCCGGCGGGCAGGGCGGCCCCGCCGAGGAUGAGCGCGGGCUGCGGGCGGGAACCGCCGCUCAAGAGAGCCCGGCUCGGCCCCGGCAGCCCCGGCGGCGCCCAGGGACAGCGGCAGGACGGGCCCGCGGGCAGCCCCGCCACCGCCGUGGGGAACAAAGUUUGCAAACAGCAGACAAUUACCAGUUGGUUGGAGAAUAAAGGACCCAAGACAACGGAGUCCAAAAGCUCACACAGCAAAAUUAAUAACAAUACUGAAGUAAAUCCCAAGAUGACUUCCAUUAAAAAAGAGAACUUUUGUGAGCACGAUGUGAAAAAACUAGAGAGCACUUGUCAGCAAAAUUACACAAAAAUGUCUGUGGAAGUUGGUGCAAAGCCUGUAAAUUUGCUUCAGACGGGCAACGUGUGUAACUGGGAGGCUGAGGACAAAGACACAGCCUUGGAGACAGAUCCUGUGAAGGGGCCGCAGUCUGGAGACCUCUUUAAAAAUGCCAACAUUGAUCAGAUGCACAAAACUGGCCAGCAGGCCCAGAGAGGCUGUGAGGAAAGCAGUGAGAGUUGGACUCAGAGGAAGUUGUCAUCAGGCCAGUCUUUGAAAACAGGAAAUACAAAACCUCCUUCCAAAGACAGUGACGCGUAUGGACAGGUGGCUUCAUGCAAUUCACAGAAGCCGAAGAGUUGCAAUUCUGUCUGUUUAAUGGGUGAGCAAGAAGAAGGGGAUGUAAUUCCAGAAAGUCCACUUUCAGAUGCUGGUUGUGAUGCCUGUAUACCUGAUCUUGGAGGUCCUGGGAAACUGAGCAAAUGUCAGAGCAGUUCAGGGGACUCACCUGCUUUUGAAAAAGAGAGUGAACCAGAGUCACCAAUGGAUGUAGAUAAUUCCAAAAAUAGCUGCCAUGGGUCAGAGGCUGAUGAAGAAACAAGUCCAUUUCUGGAUGAGCGAGAGGAGAAUAAUAUGUCAAAAUCCAUCAACAAAUCUUUUAGAAUUCAAUAUGGGGAUGCUGAAUUGGAGUCUAGAAAGUCACGUUUUUCUGCCAAGGUCUGUGGAAGCUUUGAGGAAACAGAUAAUUCGGUUAAGGAGGACGGUCUGCACACAAAGCCACCUGGAAUCUCUCCUGCUCCGUCAUCAGAAUUCAAAGGUGCAAAACAGAGUGUGAAGAGAGACUCCAAAAUCACCUCUCACUUCAUGAGGAUACCUAAAGUUGAGGAGAAAAGGAAAGAAAAGUGUGAAUUCAAACCCCAGAGGCCAGGAAGGAAGAUUCCUAAAUAUGUGCCACCUCCUCUCCCAAGUAACAAGAAGUGGUUUGGAACCCCGAUCGAGGAGAUGAGGAGGAUGCCGGCGUGUGGGGCCCGUCUGCCUCACCUGCGCCCCUCCGCCAACCACACCGUGACUGUCAGGGUAGAUCUUCUGAGGGAAGGAGAGGUACCUAAACCUUUUCCAACUCACUACAAAGAUUUGUGGGACAACAAGCAUGUUAAAAUGCCCUGCUCAGAACAAAAUUUAUACCCUGUGGAGGAUGAGAAUGGAGAUAGAACUGCUGGAAGUCGAUGGGAGCUAAUCCAAACUGCCUUACUUAACAAAUUUACCUGCUCACAUGAUUUGAAGGAAGCCAUACUGAGGUACAACGUUGCUUAUUCCAAGAAAUGGGACUUCACAGCUCUUACUGACUUCUGUGAGAAGGUUCUUGAAGAUGCAGAGGCUCAACAUCUCUUCCAAUCCAUUCUUCCUGAUAUGGUCAAGCUGGCACUCUGUCUCCCUACCAUCUGCACUCAGCCAAUACCUCUACUGAAACAGAAGAUGAAUCACUCCAUCACCAUGUCACAGGAACAGAUCGCCAGCUUUCUGGCCAAUGCUUUCUUCUGUACUUUUCCACGUCGCAAUGCGAAGAUGAAGUCUGAGUAUUCCAGUUAUCCAGACAUUAACUUCAACAGAUUGUUUGAAGGAAGGUCACCAAGAAAGCCUGAGAAGCUUAAGACCCUUUUCUGCUAUUUUAGAAGAGUCACAGAAAAAAAACCUACAGGAUUGGUGACGUUUACAAGGCAGUGUCUCCAGGAAUUUCCAGACUGGGAGAGAUCUCAGAAAAAACUCUCUAGACUGCAUGUCACCUAUGAAGGCACCAUCGAAAGCAAUGGACAAGGUAUGCUACAGGUUGAUUUUGCAAACCGUUUUGUUGGAGGUGGUGUGACUGGGGCAGGACUAGUACAAGAAGAAAUUCGGUUUUUAAUCAAUCCAGAACUGAUUGUAUCAAGACUCAUCACCGAAGUCUUGGAUCACAAUGAAUGUCUUAUCAUCACAGGUACUGAGCAGUACAGUGAGUAUACAGGCUAUGCAGAAACUUAUCGCUGGGCAAGAAGCCAUGAAGAUAAGACCCCAAGGGAUGAAUGGCAGCGCCGCCACACUGAAAUUGUUGCUAUAGAUGCAUUUCACUUCAGACGUUUCCUUGAUCAGUUUGGUCCGGAGAAAAUUAGAAGAGAGCUCAACAAGGCCUACUGUGGCUUCUCUCGACCCAAUGUUCCACCUCAACAUCUCUCUGCAAUAGCCACAGGAAACUGGGGAUGUGGUGCCUUUGGAGGGGACUCCCGAUUAAAAGCCUUAAUACAGAUAUUGGCAGCUGCUGAGGCUGGACGUGAUAUUGUUUAUUUUACCUUUGGAGAUGUGGAGCUGAUGCGGGAUAUUUACAGCAUGCAUACUUUUCUCUGUGAGAAGGGCCAAACUAUUGGGGACAUUUAUAGGCUGUUGCUGAGAUACUACAAUGAAGAAUGCAGAAACUGUUCCACUUCAGGACCAGAUGUCAAGCUGUACUCUUUCAUAUACAACACCAUUGAGUCCUAUGCAGAUUCUACUGAUGAUGAUGAUGAAGAAGAAAAAGGGUUGUGCUUUGAAGAUUAAAAUAAAUGUAUCUGAUCAGAAUAA